UCCAAACAGGUGAUCCGCACCGAUGCCCAGUGCUGCAGGCAUGGCUGUCUCUGCGCUGCGGCUGACAAUUGUCCUGGGACUACUUGCCCUCAUCCUGACUUGCCAGGCCGAUGACAAACCAGAUGACAAGCCAGAUGGCUCGGACAAAAACCCAGAGCCAGAAUUCCCCAAAUUCCUAAACCUCUUGGGCACAGAGAUCAUUGAGAAUGCAGUGGAGUUCAUCCUCCGCUCCAUGACCAGGAGCACGACUAAGGAGAAAGGAGGAAGAGCACCAGACCAGGGAACAGAAGGCCAGAUUCUGGUCUUCCCACAUGUACUACUUGACUGGGUGACCUUGAACAAGGCCCUCCUUCUCUGAAUGCCUCAGUUUCCUCAUCUGGAAA